AUGUCAAGUCAUUUUCAGGGAUCAUGGCGAUUUAGCAUUAAUUACUCAUUAGGAGUAUUUGUGUUAUUAGGAAUGGUAUUAUUGUCGGAUGGAUAUGGUCCUUGUAACUUCAAGCCUACUCAAUGGAGCCUCGCUCAUGCCACUUUCUAUGGUGAUGAAACUGCAUCCGCCACAAUAGGAGGAGCAUGUGGAUAUGGUGAUUUAUUCAAAAAUGGGUAUGGCAAAGAAACAGCAGCAAUAAGCCCGGUGUUAUUCAUGAAUGGAAAAGGAUGUGGAGGUUGUUAUCAACUUAUGUGUGUUGAUUCUAAAUGGUGUAUUACUAAGGGUGGUGGUUAUGGCGGCUAUGGUGGAGGAUCAACCUCCGUCAUAGUCACCGCCACAAAUCUGUCACCACCAAGUUGGCUAAAACCUAGCAAGGGAUACACACCAGGCGUACAUUUUGAUUUAUCUGUGCCCGCAUUUAAAAAAAUUGCAAUUUCACAAGGUGGCAUCAUUCCCAUCAAAUAUCGUAGGGUUCCAUGUGUAAGGAAGGGAGGCAUAACCUUUACUUUACAAGGGAACAAUUAUUGGCUACUAGCAUUUCCUAUGAACGUUGGAGGAGCUGGGGACAUAGCCCAAAUGUGGGUUAAAGGUUGUCGAACAGGUUGGAUAAGCAUGACCCAAAAUUGGGGAACUGCUUACCAAGCCUUUGCUCAAUUAGGAGGCCAAUCUCUCUCUUUCAAACUUCAAUCUUACUCUGAUCGAGAAAUUAUUAUUGCAUACAAUGUCAUCCCACCAUAUUGGAGAGUGGGCAUGACUUAUCAAGCCAAAGUCAACUUCCAUUGA